GGGUCCAGGGAAACGGGGUCAGCUGUGGGUGGCUGUUUCAGGCCGCGCUACCGGGCUCCUGGGGCGGUGGGCUAGUGUCUUGACAGACGUUCCGCAGCUGCCGCGUGGAUCCGAGCCGGGGACACCCGCCGUGACUGGGGCAGCCCCCAGGGCGCCCUCGGCCCCAUCCCAAGCAGCGCGGCCUGGCUGCUGCCGCCAUCAAACAGCUUCCAGCCGAAAACUCUUAACUAGUCACUCGUUAGACACGUGUGCGGAGCCUGUGUCCCAGGCCAGUGCUGUCCCAUGGAGAUAGAUUGCAAGCCGCUACGGAAUUUUUUAACUUUCUAGUAGGUGUACGAAAAAAGUAAAACGAAACAGAAAUCAGUUGGAGUAAAUCCAUAAAUAUAUCCAAACUGUUAUUUCAGUUGUAUUUGAAGAAAGUAUUGGGACAUUCUUUGUACUAUUCUUGGAAAUCCGUUGUGUGUCCAACCCAAACAUCACAGUUGGACUCACCACAUCUACUUCGUAGCCCCAGUGACCCUCCUUGGCCUGGGCGAAGCUGUGUGGACCAAGCAAGCCAGGAGUGUGGCCAUGUUUUCUGAGCAGGCUGCCCAGAGGACCCACACUCUGCUGUCCCCACCAUCAGCCAACAAUGCCACCUUUGCCCGGGUGCCAGUGGCGACCUACACCAACUCCUCGCAACCCUUCCGGCUAGGAGAGCGCAGCUUUAGCCGGCAGUAUGCCCACAUUUAUGCCACCCGCCUCAUCCAAAUGAGACCCUUCCUGGAGAACCGGGCCCAGCAGCACUGGGGCAGUGGAGUGGGGGUGAAGAAGCUGUGUGAGCUGCAGCCUGGGGAGAAGUGCUGUGUGGUGGGCACUCUGUUCAAGGCCAUGCCGCUGCAGCCCUCCAUCCUGCGGGAGAUCAGCGAGGAGCACAACCUGCUCCCCCAGCCUCCUCGGAGCAAAUACAUACACCCAGAUGAUGAACUGGUCUUGGAAGAUGAACUGCAGCGUAUCAAACUAAAAGGCACCAUUGAUGUGUCAAAGCUGGUUACAGGGACUGUCCUGGCUGUGUUUGGCUCCGUGAGAGACGAUGGGAAGUUUCUGGUGGAGGACCAUUGCUUUGCUGACCUUGCUCCCCAGAAGCCCGCACCCCCACUUGACACAGAUAGGUUCGUGCUGCUCGUGUCCGGCCUGGGCCUGGGUGGAGGUGGAGGUGAGAGCCUGCUGGGCACCCAGCUGCUGGUGGAUGUGGUGACAGGGCAGCUUGGGGACGAAGGGGAGCAGUGCAGUGCCGCUCAUGUCUCCCGGGUUAUCCUCGCCGGUAACCUCCUCAGCCACAGCACCCAGAGCAGAGAUUCUAUCAAUAAGGCCAAGUACCUCACCAAGAAAACCCAGGCAGCCAGCGUGGAGGCUGUGAAGAUGCUGGAUGAGAUCCUCCUGCAACUGAGUGCCUCAGUGCCCGUGGAUGUGAUGCCAGGCGAGUUUGAUCCCACCAACUACACGCUCCCCCAGCAGCCCCUCCACCCCUGCAUGUUCCCGCUGGCCACUGCCUACUCCACGCUCCAGCUGGUCACCAACCCCUACCAGGCCACCAUUGAUGGAGUCAGAUUCUUGGGGACAUCAGGACAGAACGUGAGUGACAUUUUCCGAUACAGCAGCAUGGAGGAUCACUUGGAGAUUCUGGAGUGGACCCUGCGGGUCCGUCACAUCAGCCCCACAGCACCUGACACUCUAGGUUGUUACCCCUUCUACAAAACCGACCCAUUCAUCUUCCUAGAGUGCCCGCAUGUCUACUUUUGUGGCAACACCCCCAGCUUUGGCUCCAAAAUCAUCCAAGGUCCUGAGGACCAGACAGUGUUGUUGGUGACUGUCCCUGACUUCAGUGCCACGCAGACCGCCUGCCUUGUGAACCUGCGCAGCCUGGCCUGCCAGCCCAUCAGCUUCUCGGGCUUCGGGGCAGAGGACGAUGACCUGGGAGGCCUGGGGCUGGGCCCCUGACUCAAAAAGGUGGUUUUGACCAGAGAGGCCCAGAUGGAGGCUGUUCAUUCCCUGCAGUGUUGGCAUUGUAAAUAAAGCCUGAGCACUUGCUGAUGCGAG